AAUUGACACGACCGUUAACGAUGGGUAUCUCGCGCACUUCAAGACACAAGCGCUCUGCGACUGGUGCUCAGCGUGCCCACUACCGAAAGAAGAGAAAGUUCGAGCUCGGUCGUCAGCCUGCAAACACCAGGCUCGGUGCAAAGCGCAUCCACACUGUGCGUACGCGUGGUGGAAACCAAAAAUUCCGUGCCCUUCGUCUGGACUCUGGAAACUUUGCAUGGGGUUCUGAGCAUGUUACGAGGAAGACUAGGAUUAUUGGUGUUGUGUACAAUGCCUCAAACAACGAACUCGUCCGUACAAACACGCUUGUGAAGGGUGCUAUCAUCCAGGUCGAUGCAACUCCUUUCAGGCAGUGGUACGAAUCGCACUACGCUGUUCCCAUCUCCGCCAAGCUCGCAGCAAAGAGCGCACAGGCAACUGAAGGCGCAGAAGAGAAAAAGCAAUCGAACCAUGUCAAACGCAUCCUUGAGGAGAGGAAGAAGGAUGCUAAAAUCGACCCGGCGCUCGCAGCCCAAUUCGGUGCAGGUCGUCUAUACGCUUCCAUUUCCAGCCGACCGGGUCAGUCUGGUCGUGCAGAUGGUUACAUUCUUGAAGGAAAGGAGCUUGAGUUCUACAUUCGUAAACUUCGUACGGGCAAGCAGAAGCACGCACACGCAGCAUAAGCAUAAUUGUCCAACAUACAUAUGCGACCUUUCCUACCUAUCUUUCUUCCCGUUGGGAGUUAUGUACUGCUGCAAUUCACCGAGAUAUGCUUCCUGAUGCGCUGUGUUCUGAAUAUGUUAUGUAGUCCGAACAUGCCUUUUUCAAUUUAACUCGCGCUCACUUAAGAAGCACUCACU